AUGGCUGACGCAAAGAAGCUGGAUGCCAAUGCGCAAGCGCGCUUUGACCUGAUCAAUGAGAACCUCGACGAACUCAUGAACCCCGAGAUUGUUGAGGCCAUUCUCGCGGAAGGCAAUAAUCCCAGAAUUUAUUGGGGAACUGCCUGCACCGGUCGUCCCCACACUGGAUACCUUGUUCCUGCAAUUAAGAUCGCCCAGCUCCUAGCUGCUGACUGCCAGGUCGUCAUCCUUCUCGCCGAUAUCCACGCCUUCCUGGACAACUUGAAGGCCCCUAUUGAGCUCGUCAACGCCCGAGCCGAAUACUACCGGAAGGUAAUCACGGCCCUUCUCCAGGCCGUUGGAGUCAAGACCGACAAGCUUGAAUUUGUGCUGGGAUCCAGUUACCAAAAAUCGCCGGAAUAUGUCAUGGAUCUUUACAAGCUCGCAUCAGUCACCAGCGAGCACGACGCGAAGAAGGCUGGUGCCGAGAUCGUUAAACAAAGCUCCAAUGCCCCGUUAUCAGGCCUUCUUUACUCGAUCCUACAAGUCCUCGAUGAAGAAUAUCUCAACUGCGAUGUCGAAUUGGGUGGCCGCGAUCAGCGGAAAUUGUUCGCAGCCGCAGUGGAAUGGCUCCCAAAGAUCGGAUACAGGAAGCGCGCACACGCCAUUACCCCUAUGGUACCUGGUCUCCAAGGAGGAAAGAUGACGAGCAAAAUUGACCUCCUCGACAACCUCGAUGUCGUCACCAAGAAGAUCCGCAAGGCUGAGGCUGCCCCUAAAAUUGUCGAGAACAACGGUCUCAUUGCCAUGGUGGAAUUCACUUUCCUCCCAGUCUCUAGCCUUAAGGGCAAGAAGGAAUUCCGAUGCCCGCGUAAGGAUGAGGAGGAUCUGGUUUACACCGAUAUCGAACCCCUGAAGACCGACUACGCAAACGAUGUCUUGACCCCACAAAUCCUUAAGGCGGGUGUUACCGCUGCGCUGACCGAGCUGAUGGCGCCCAUCCUGGCCGCCUACGAAGCCGACAAGGAGUGGCAAGAGAUCACCCUGCGGGCUUACCCUCCUCCCGAAAAGAAGCAGAAGAAGAUCAAGGACAAGGGUUCUCGUCACCCCGGCGCUAAGAAGCCGGAAGAGCCUGCCAAGGAGCAGGACUUGCCCGAGCGCCCGAAGGCUUGA